CGCGCUUGGGCAUGCGCAGGGUGGGGAGACCUUGGAAAAGCCGUGGACGCGCUUAGCGGAGGUGAAAGCAUUGGAGGAAAGGAAAGUACCGGGGAAAAAUGCAGAGCUGGAGUCGUGUGUACUGCUCCUUGGCCAAGAGAGGCCAUUUCAAUCGAAUAUCUCAUGGCCUACAGGGAGUUUCUGUAGUGCCCCUGAGAACUUACGCAGAUCAAUCCAUUGAUGCUGAUGUGACCGUGAUAGGUUCUGGUCCCGGCGGAUAUGUCGCUGCUAUUAAAGCUGCCCAGUUAGGCUUUAAGACAGUCUGCGUUGAGAAAAAUGAGACUCUUGGAGGGACGUGCUUGAAUGUGGGCUGUAUUCCCUCUAAGGCUUUAUUGAAUAACUCUCAUUAUUACCAUAUGGCCCAUGGAAAAGAUUUCGCAUCUAGGGGAAUUGAAAUGUCUGAAGUUCGCUUGAAUUUAGAGAAGAUGAUGGAGCAGAAGAGUACUGCAGUAAAAGCUCUAACAGGCGGAAUUGCCCACUUAUUCAAGCAGAAUAAGGUUGUUCAUGUCAAUGGAUAUGGAAAGAUUACUGGCAAAAAUCAGGUCACUGCUACAAAAGCUGAUGGCAGCACGCAGGUCAUCGACACAAAGAAUAUUCUUAUAGCUACCGGAUCAGAAGUUACUCCUUUUCCUGGAAUCACGAUUGAUGAAGAUACAGUAGUAUCAUCUACAGGUGCUUUAUCUUUAAAAAAAGUUCCAGAAAAGAUGGUUGUUAUUGGUGCAGGAGUAAUAGGAGUAGAAUUGGGUUCAGUGUGGCAAAGACUUGGUGCAGACGUGACAGCAGUUGAAUUUUUGGGUCAUGUAGGUGGAGUUGGAAUUGACAUGGAGAUAUCUAAAAACUUUCAACGCAUCCUUCAAAAACAAGGAUUUAAAUUUAAAUUGAAUACAAAGGUUACUGGUGCUACCAAGAAGCCAGAUGGAAAAAUUGAUGUGUCUAUUGAAGCUGCUUCUGGUGGUAAAGCUGAAGUCAUCACUUGUGACGUGCUCUUGGUUUGCAUUGGGCGACGACCCUUUACUCAGAAUUUGGGACUAGAAGAGCUUGGAAUUGAACUAGAUCCCAGAGGUAGAAUCCCAAUCAACACCAGAUUCCAAACUAAGAUUCCAAACAUCUAUGCUAUUGGUGAUGUGGUUGCUGGCCCGAUGCUGGCUCACAAAGCAGAAGAUGAGGGCAUCAUCUGUGUCGAGGGAAUGGCUGGUGGUGCGGUGCACAUUGAUUACAACUGCGUGCCGUCCGUGAUUUACACGCACCCUGAGGUUGCUUGGGUUGGAAAAUCGGAAGAACAGUUGAAGGAAGAGGGUAUUGAGUACAAAGUUGGUAAGUUCCCGUUUGCUGCCAACAGCAGAGCUAAAACUAAUGCUGACACAGACGGCAUGGUGAAGAUUCUCGGGCAGAAGUCGACAGACAGAGUACUGGGAGCACAUAUUCUAGGACCAGGUGCUGGAGAAAUGGUGAAUGAAGCGGCUCUGGCUUUGGAAUACGGGGCGUCCUGUGAAGACAUAGCUAGAGUCUGUCACGCACAUCCGACCUUAUCAGAAGCUUUCAGAGAAGCAAACCUGGCUGCAUCAUUUGGCAAAUCAAUCAACUUUUAAAUUAGAAGAUUAUAUAUUUUUUCUGAAAUUUCUUGGGAGCUUUUAUAGAGGUCACAUUUCUGAACAGAAUAUGCUCCCAAAUGCAAGGAUAUCUAGGACUCGACUAUGAGACUUUUGGAAGGUAUUUAAUAGGUUUGGGCAGAAUGGGAUAAUCUCCUAUCUAUAUUUUAAAUAAAUUUAAUAUUUUGUUUCAGUGCAUUAAUAUGCAGGACAAAAGCUACUUGUAAUAGUAGCAUCCUGGAAGAUUUCCAUCAACCUAUAUUUUCAUGCUGUUUGUAAGGUUCGGCUUCACUGAACUUGUGAUAAAUAGUUUUUAUCUCUGGUACAGUGAAAUUGAAUUCAGUUUUACAUGGAUGGAGCUGGAAUAUGGCAUGUGUUGAAGCAAGGUGAUCAAGUUAUUUUAAAUUUGGUUUUCAUAUUGGAAACAGAUUAGUCAUUAGAAUAAGUUUCAAAUAUGUAUAAACUGAACCGAUGUAAAUAAAAAGUGACUGUCUCUCACUUGUCUUGUUUAACCCUUAAAUUGUUGCAGUUUAAAUGUAGAAUUUUUAAGGUUCCAUUGAGGUCUACAAGUCUGAGUGAUAGUUAUUCAGUUACAGAAAUAAAGAGGUCUGUUUACAAACAUAUUAAAUGGAGACUUAAAUGUGUUACAGUGGGGAAUAAAGAUAUCAAUAAACAUGUCUUAAAUAUUCA